ACCUUUUGUUUAUGAAUGGGCAUUUUCUGAAUAUAACUCAGGGAAAAAGUCUUCACUUGUGCACAAAAGUCUGGAAUCUGGACCAUUUUUUCAUCCUACAGAUGGAAUCAAAAUCACUGAACUGGCAAUGCAAUGUGUGGAUUAUAACCCUGAAAUGCGCCCAACAAUGAGGCAAGUUGUUGCAUCUUUGCUGGAAUUGUCUAUUGUUUGCCAUCAAGCUGACCUUUUGGGCAUCAGUCAGACUGGUGAUGCUGAGAUGCAAAAGGAUAAACUCUCAGGAUUCUUCUCAGAUUCAAUUCAUGAUGAAAGGAUUCUAAAUAAAGGAAAAGAGUGUACUAUGAUACAAAGUUAUUCUUACAAGGACCUAAGUUUAUGCACCAAUGGACUCAGUGAAGAGAACUUCAUAGGAAAGUUCCACUUCGGCAAAGUGUAUGUCACAGAGAUGAAUGGGAAAAAUGUAAUGGUGAAAAUAUGGGACUCAGACUCUAAAUUUUAUCAAGUUUCUUUUCUUCAAAACCAAGACAGGUUGUUGGAUGAGCUCGUUUUACUUCUGCAUCCAGUACUGAUAUCCCAUCCAAACCUUGUCAACUUGAUGGGAUACUGCUAUGAAGGAGAAAAUCUUGGUGUUGUUUAUGAUCUUGAGCCUCUAAAUACUCUCCAUAACCUCCUAUUAAACGAUACUUUUACAUGGUCUGAAAGAAUCAGAGCUGCUCUUAAAUUUGCAUGCCUGCUCAAAUUUUUACAUGUUGACACUCCACACUUUCGCCAAUUUCUGGUUCGCAACAUAGCUGCAGCUCACUUAAUUCUUCACCAGGAUCACAAUCUGAAGUUGUUUGAUUUUGUUCUGAUUUCUGGUGGCAUCUUUCCUGAUCGUACAAAACAGAGGGAGUGUGUACAUGGGUGCAUCGGCUACAUUGAUUUUGAUCUUGUGAAAGAUUCAUGGUCAGAAACAAGUGAUGUUUUCUCUUUUGGCGUAGUACUCAUUGGGCUAAUAUCUAAAAGAGUUUGCACUGAAGAAGAGGCGGAAUUGGGAGAACCUUUUCUUUAUGAAUGGUUAAACUCUCAGUACAAUGAGAAAACUUCAGACUCGGGAUUCGACAAGACCAAGUUUUCAAUUGUGCACGAGAGCCUAAAAGGAGAUCCAGGUUUCUGUGCCAGUGAUGGAGUUGCCAUUACGAAGUUGGCAAUGCAGUGCGUAGAGGAGGAUAAAUAUGAUAGGCCUACGAUGAAGCAAGUUGUUAAGCAACUCCUCAAUCUCAGCAUUGUUCGAAAAAACAUGCCUCGUACCUAGACGACCAUCAAAUGCUACGUUAGUUUUAACUUACCCUGUAACCAAAAAUUAAACACCUUGAGCUUUU